AUGACCACAAAACGCCCUGGUCGCCUCGGCGGUACCAAAUCUAAAAACGGAUGCAACACGUGCAAGAUUCGUCGCGUUAGAUGUGGAGAGGAGAAGCCGCACUGCCUGAGAUGCACCAGCACUGGCCGGCGAUGCUGUUAUGACACUGCAUCUCCUCCAAGAGCGACAGACCGUCUGCAGCUUCAACUGGUGCCCUUCUCAAAUCAAGGAUCGCGAGAGCGACGCGCAUUCGAGUACUACUUUCACCAAGCAGGCCCGUCAAUCUCGGGAGUCCUCGAUCGUGCUUUUUGGAGAGGUUCGGUCUUGCAAUUCUGUCGGCUAGAGCCAGUAGUCUGGGAUGCAAUCAUUUCUCUUAGUGCGCUCUACGAGCGGCCUCCAGUUCACGAAGCCACGCCCGAGCGGCUUAUCAACGACCCAGCGGCGGUCAAACAUUGCUACCACCACGAAGCGCUAGUCUGGUACUCGCGCUCUUUAUCUCGUCUACAGCAGCGAAUCAACCAGGGCGUGGCAGAUCUGACAGUCUCCUUGAUUAGCUGCGUUUUGUUCAUUGCCAUCGAGCUCCUACAGGGAAACCGAAAGGCCGCCCAAGCACUAUACAAACAGGGGGCUCAAAUGAUGGUCAGUGCUUUGUCAACGCCGACGCCUACCAUUGCUGCCCUUGAACCCAUUUUUCGCCGCAUAGGAACGUGGAUAUUCAUAAUGGACGGAGUAUCGGAUGGAUGCUGGGAUCUCAAUUUGGCCAUGCCAGAUGAGUCCUUUGUUUCAAUCGACGAAGCAAGGAACGUGCUCUGCGGGAUUGUGACAGAGAUGAAGUUCCUUAAUGUUGACUGCAAAGCCUAUCUACGACUGACCGGCGACUCUCGCCUUCACGAGGUACCUGAUCUGGCUACCAGACAACAGCGCCUGAAAAGUCGGCUCAAUCAAUGGUAUCGUCUCUUCACUUGCUUGGAGCCCGUCCAGGACACCAGCAUUGAUGGCGCCACUGCACUGCUUCUGAUGACAUACACAGGCGUCUUGAUCGAAUCAGAAGCCUGUCUCAAUCCUGACCAAUCUAAGUUUGAUUCCUAUGAACUCGAAUUCGCCCGAAUUGUUGAGUGGGCGCCGAUUGCGGUGGCAUGGACUCGCAGCUCAGAUGGCAAACAACCACCUUUCAUGUUUGAGAUGGGAGUCUUUCUCCCUCUCUUUAUUACAGGUCUCAAAUGUCCCUUCCCUCAACUACGCCGCCUGGCAAUACAAUACCUGAGGGAAUCUCCGCCAGCCCAGGGCAUGUUCAUGUGCGUCCCCGCUAGCCACAUCAUGUCCAUUAUCGUCGGGCUGGAGGAGAAUCCCACCGUCAUACCCCAACAGACCUCCGAUAUUAAUGACCUGCUGGCCAAGCCGGGGCAUAUUCCAGCACCUGAAAACCGCACCUGUGAUUUUAGCGUGUCGUCGGGGCUAGAUGAAGAGGGGAAGCUGCGGAGUUGGUUGCACUAUACACUCCACCACUUUGAUUCAGAGGGAAGAUUCAAGUUUGUGGAAAGGACGAUACCAUUGCCAGUCUCGGCAUAG